CUCUUUUGCGUGAAAGGCGGCUUGUCCAAAGAUUUUGAGGGAAUCGUAAAAUUUCCGUGAUAUAAUGCAACUAAUCUACUAGAAAAAGAAGAAGUUAGCGAAACAAUGUCCAAAAAUAAACAGGAAGUAUCCCAUGCUAGGUUUCGGUUAAAUGCAACUUUGCAAGAUUUAGUUGAGAAAAAAGAAGAUGGCCUAUCUGAUGAUGAAAUCCCAGGCUCCCAGUCAGAAGUUAUGUUGCGUGAACCUGCUUCUCCAGUAUUGUCAUCCAGUAAGAGAAGUUCGCUCAGUAGGCCCUCCAGUCGAAAGCGAAAGAGGAAAGAUGAUCCUGACGGAAUAGAGACUGACCAGUAUCAGCACAAGUAUGUAAUGAAACUGUUUGACCGAAGCGUUGACCUCGCCCAGUUUGAGGAGAACACACCUCUGUACCCAAUCUGCCGGGCAUGGAUGAGAAAUCAACCGCAGAAACGGGACCUUUCUUGUCUUCGCUCUCCAAGCCCAGAUCCAGACCCCAAUUCAGGACUCUCUGAUGAUGAGGUGACUAAUGGUAGAAUGCAGAAUGUAUACCGAAUGCCUAGCCCCUUAACACUGAAAGUGGAAGUGGAGGAUGGCAGAGACUUGAGGAUCCCUUCCCCCAUCCCACAGAUGGACGAUACUCUGGAUAUCAAUGCAGACCCAGACAGAGCUCCUCCACCAGAACAGCUGUUGCUGAACCACAUGGCUCGCUGGAAACUCACCAGGCAAAAGUGGCGAAUAGCUUGCAGACAGAAUGAAAUCCGAUUUGCUCCCAGUAUGAAUCUCUUGCGGGAUAUGUUUGAACAACAGUGCAAGAAAAACCUGUCGUAGUUCUCAUAUUUGUGACGUGUUCAUCUCUUUCAUAAAUGCUUGGGCUUCGGUGUUCCAUGCUAGUAUGUACCAGCAAAUGCAUUAGGAAUGAGUAUUUAUGCAGAUGAGAGAAAAGCUUGGAUUUAUCCUAUAGUUCCAUUGUGUAAAUCCUGAAAAAUGGUCAACUGAUCCUAAAAUCUCUCAUUCCACCCAUCGACAGCAUUAGUGAUGAAAACCUUUGGCAGAAAUAUUAUAAUGAAUGUGACAUCACACCUCUGCCUGCUCUGACCAAUAUCAGUGAAAUAUUAACACGUUAAUUUGUUUUAUUUUUUUUUUCUUUUCAAUGAAUUCAGUUUUCAUUCUUGGAGUGAUCAAGAUUAAAUCAAUUCAUUUAAAACAACAUUGUUUCAUUUUGUGAAAGAGAGUAAUAGUGGAAAUCUUGUACUAUUGUAUAGAUCAGUAAACUUUAAAUGUCUCAUGUUAUCUCAUAAUCUUAUAUUUAAUCAUUGCUGUUUUUGAAGAAGCUGUUGGUAACUAUGGGUCCACUUUCACAGACCAUUUCUUAAAAAGGAUGCAGUAAGGCCACACAGAUUAUCAUACAGAUAUGAAAAUCAGUUUUCAGAAGAUUCGUUCAAGUGGGCCCAAAGCACUACCAUGGUAGCUUUCAUCUUCAGUUUAUAUCUGUUCUACUGUUGUUACUCUUACUGCCAUAAUUAGCUCACCUGUACAACGUUCUGGAAUGGCUAAUGUCAUAUCCACACCUACGGUGUCAGUGUCAAGUAGAAGAGAAAGCUAAUUUAGGCUAAAUGUUUAGGUUUAUAUCUCAAAGGUUUGCACUUGUGAAAAUCAGAAUAACACAAGGAUAUGUUUUAUUGUUUGUUGUUAGCCUGUUGUGUGUUGGAAUCAAUGUUAAGAUAUAUGUUAAGGGUGGUAUCUUAAAAAAGUACUAACUGACCCCGCAAGCGCAGUUGGUGGAGGGUCCGUUUCGGAAGCGGUAGAUCCAGGGUCAAACCUGGGUUGAGUCACACCUAAGACUUUAAAAGAGGAAGUUGCAGCUUCCUCGCUUGGAUUUAAUAAAGGAGAUAGUGCAACUAUCAGUAUAAUGGCAGGGCAGCUUACUUGCCUUGGGUAAGGCGUCUCAGUGAAGCAGCACUAGAUAAAAGAGCGGUGGAAAUCUGUCCUGCAACAAAUAGGCACAUUACAAGCAUUCUAAGGAUUUCUUUGUAGUCAUAUGACUGAAAAAUUGUUAAGUAUGACUUCAAACCCCAAGGCAC